AUGUGCAAAAUGCACGUAACUACCACGCGAUAUUCCAAAUGCCCGCCGUGUUGCAUUAAGGUGAGGUACAUCCUGGUUACGGGUGGGUGUCCGGUCUAUGCGGCAACCGGACGAGAAUGCAAAAAUCCAAAGGAAGUGAACCUCGGGCAAACGACUACUCGGAGCGAGUGCCCAAACCACAGAGACGAGGGAUUCGCGGAGCCUGAUACUCGAUAA